GACAAUGAAUGAUCCAAAGCAAUUAAAAGAUCGUCAAGCAUAUUCUGCACUACAGCCAUCCUGGAUAAACAAGGCAUUGAUUGAACAAGCAUUGCGUAAUGACGGGGAAGAAAACCCUCAAGUUCAAGCAGUUGACGUGAGGCGCGCUCUCGCCGAGGGCGAAAACUACGGCAGCACCAUCUACCGGGUGACGGCUGCACUAUCUGACGGGAAAGAGCGCUCAUUUAUUAUCAAAGGGCCAACUGUUGCUGGACUGUCAGAGGCAACCCAACCAUCGGGUACUUUUCAACGAGAGAUCACCAUGUUCACUGACUGCAUUCCAAAGAUGGAGGUAAAGUUAUGUUCUGUAUAAAUACGCCCUGUUAGAAGACUGCGCUCCCGGUCGCUUUCCGCCCUUGACGCCCCGUUGCUACCACCACGCCACCUGCCCGGUCAAGUUCCUCGUCAUGGAAGACCUGCGGCCCGCGGGCUUCCGGCUGGCCGACCGGAAGCGAGGACUCGGCCUGAGGCACAGCCUGCUCGCCCUCCGCGGCCUCGCCCGCUUCCACGCCGCCUCGCACGCGCUCCUGCGGCAGCGGCCGGAACUUGAGCGGGCGCUGGACAACAUGCUGAACGUCUCCGAUCAGGGCCAUCAGGACUUCGUGAAGGGGGAGCUGGAGGCUACGGCUUUAGCUUGCCGCUCCUGGCCGGGCUUCCAGGAGAUAGCGGAACGACUGGACAAGUUCAAGACAAUUUCAGGAGUUGUUUUCGAUAAAAUCAAUGCACCAGAACCCGGAGGUUUCAACGUUAUAUCUCAUGGUGAUUUCUGGACGAACAAUUUAAUGUUCCGAUAUGAAGAUGGAAAUCCUGAAGAAUUUCGUGCAGUUGAUCUGCAGUUGGCGCACGUCUGCUCUCCAGUCAUCGACAUACUUCAUCUCUUCUCCAACAGUGUCAGUGAUAACGUUCACGCCCACCACCAGGAUCUGCUGCUGAGAGAGUACCACGUCGAACUGCGACACACGCUGGAGAUACUCGGGCACAAGGCACCGUCGCUAGAGUCGCUGCAGGCGGCAAUGGAGGCUUGCGGCAGUUACGCGCUGUACUUUGCGUUGGAGCUGCCCAUUGUGAAAGCCGAUGAAGGCCUCGAUUUGGACGCCGUCAGCAGAGGGGAUUACACCGACCUGCUGCGUGUGUUGGAGACCCCGGACAUUAAAAAGCGACUGCAGCGCAGUCUCCAGGAGUACGCCCGAAAAGGGUGGCUUCCUGCUUAGUUUUUAACUACUCUUCGGGUUCAUUUGACCCGAGGGAAAUGUUUUACUUUCUCGCUACGGAGUUGAGAGAUUGUUUUGUAAUGCUGCGUGGAAAAAAACCCACGAAUUUUUGUCAGAAAAGCUCUUAUUAUAGAGCCCUGGUAAUGAAAAAGGGAAUAAAUCCAGUUGCUAAAUUUAGGAGGAAAAUCCUCCAACACGCGGUGUAGCCAUAAUCCGUUUUGUGGGUCCAGGAGAGCGAAAAACUGAGUAACGACAAAACGUCUGUCUAUCCGUCAGUCUGCCUGCCUGAUCGUCCGUCUGUGAACAACGCAAGUAGGUCUUUUAAAAGAAUGAUACAGGUCACAUGUUCUUUAAAAAUCCCAAUUUUUUGAAAAUUGCAAAAAUUCAAAAU